GCUCCGAGAAAAAAAAACCGUAACAGGGAGUUCAGGUCAGUCUGAGAAUUGAAAUGAACUCUCUGCUAAACCCCCAACAACCCAACAACAACAACAACUCCUCCUCCUCCGCCGCCUCCGCCGCCUCCUUCCAAGACCUCCACCUCCACCACCGCCUCCUCAUGAACCCUCAAGCGACGCCGUUCGACUCCUCCCACGACGACUUCCUCGAGCAAAUGCUCUCCACCCUCGGCUCCUCCUCCUGCUCCUCCUGGGCCGACGAAACUCCGCCUCCACAUCCGCCGUCCUCCGCCGCCAACGAUACCAACAACAACAACAACAACAACAGCAACAACAACAACAAUGUCGUCUUCUCUUACGACGACUCAUCCAACCUCGCCUCCAAGUUCGGCAGCCACCAGAUCAGCGCCGGCGCCGCCUCUGCCUCCAAGUCCUCCCCCACAGCCUCGGCGGCUGCCGCCGCCAUGAUGUUCCAGCACCAGCUCAUGAUGUCACGCGGCGCCGGCGGUUCCGACUCCGGCUUUGCUCCGAUGGGGCUGUCCAUGGGGGGUAACGGUGAGUUUGACCGCUCGCAGCACGACGGCGUUGACGGCUCGUCGUUUAAAUCUCCUAAUCAGGGAGGCGGUGACGGUGGUUCGUCUGUUCAGGCCUUGUUUAAUGGCUUUACUGGAUCUCUGUCUCCAAACGAGUCUCAGCAUUUUCAUCACCCGCAGGGAGGUGCACUUCAAGCUCAGAACUAUGGUGCUCAAGCCCAAGCCCAAGCCAUGACACAACCUCCGGCGAGCGGCUCGGCCGGAGCCACGGCGGCGCAACCCAGGCCCAGAGUCAGGGCCAGGCGUGGUCAAGCCACUGAUCCACACUCCAUUGCUGAAAGAUUACGGAGAGAGAGAAUUGCAGAGAGAAUGAAGGCCCUGCAGGAGCUGGUUCCCAAUGGCAACAAGACAGAUAAGGCUUCUAUGCUGGAUGAGAUCAUCGACUAUGUAAAGUUCUUGCAGCUCCAAGUCAAGGUUCUCAGCAUGAGCAGGUUGGGUGGUGCUAGUGCUGUUGCUCCCCUCGUAGCUGAUAUGUCCUCUGAGGGUGGCGGUGACUGUAUCCAGACCAGCGCCAACGGCGGGACCCGCGGCCGGAGCGGUGGCAACCAGACGGCGUCAUCCAACGACAGCAUGACGGUGACGGAGCACCAGGUGGCCAAGCUCAUGGAGGAGGACAUGGGCUCCGCCAUGCAGUACCUGCAGGGCAAAGGCCUCUGCCUCAUGCCUAUUUCCUUGGCCACAGCCAUCUCCACCGCCACGUGUCACACCAGGAACCCACUGAUGAACGGCAACAACGGAAGUAACAACAACCCGGUCGUGGCAUCCAACGGCGGAGAGGGUCCGUCCUCACCCAGCAUGUCGGUGUUGACCGUCCAGUCAGCCACGAUGGCCAGUAACGGCGGGGUUGACGUUUCCGGUAAAGACGCCGCCUCCGUCUCCAAGCCGUGAGAUUUAGCCACGACCACCCACCCUAACGUGGCGUGGACUCCAAGCCUCUCUCUCUCUCUACUAAAGUCUACUAAAAUAAGGCCUCAUUCACCAGGGCAAACGACGCCGUAUUUGCGUAGACUUUGGCUCUAAAAAAGCUUAGCUAACCCACCUCCCUCCCUACGAAAAUCCUGUUUUUUCAUGAUUUUUGGGGUUUCUUUGUCUAUUUAAUUGCUUUUGUUCUUUUGUCGCUUCUUAAUGUGAGCAUGUUUAUCUUCGAUAA